AGGACGAGACCCUUGGAAGGAGGGACAGCCGCUGCCUCUCGAGUACGAGUUUCUAUGUGAAUAUACUGAUGCAUUUGGCCUCAUCAUGAGCUUCCUCAUGACGGGAACCUUCCCUCAACAUCCGCAUGCCCGUGUUCGAUCGGUGUCCGACAUGAUUACCGCAUUCAUCCACGCCAACGAAUUGUCAUUUAAGCUCGGUUUUCGCUGUAUUGUGCGUUUUCGCCGCGCAGUAUCUCUUCACUUGCGACAGUUGCUGCUAGAGGACCGAAGGGCGCUGCUCGAAAGGCACAUUGAUAACCUGUACAAACUCCUUGCCCAGCGUAAACGAUGCGCCCCUUGGGGGUUUAGACAUGCGUUUGCGCAGGCAAUGGUUAAGCCCUGGUUGCGUCACUUGGACAUCAGCCCAGUCGAGCCCGUGGACCCUUGCCCAGGCUCCGCCAGACUUGACACGAUAUGGGAUGGUGCUGACCCGGAGGAGUGGCCGAUUAUCAUCAAACAUUGUCUCGAUCUUAUAGGCAAGAGUCAACAUUUCAAAGCCGAUGUUAGGUGGCACAUGGUCCAGACGCUUAAAAACAGGACAAAGAUCAGCUCGUUUAUCGCAGGUGAGUUUGAUUCGCGGUUCCCAUAGAUCUGCGCCAGGCACUAAUAGUACCAUCGACUAGAUGCAUCCCACUACCCUAUUCCUAUAACAUUUCUAUAACAUUCCCGGGCAGCCCGCCACCACCUGUCCGUUGGAGCUUUGUCACCUACCAUUAUAGCGACCCCCUCGUACCUGAUGGAGACAAAGUGAAGGCUCAACGCUUCACUACAACGGAGCUUUCUCGAAGUGGCUGACCCCGGUCUAGCGGCGGUCCCAGCCAACCUUCACUUGCUCAAUGUUUCGGGCCUAU